GUGACAGUAACUUCUAAUUUCAUUCUAGUAAUUUUAAUGUAAUUUUUCCCUCCAAAAAAUGUUUUUCAAUUUUUUAUCUCCGGCAUUUAUUCAUUGACUCAUUUUUCUUCCUCUUCCAAAACUGAAAAUUUCUCUUUUCCUCGGGAUCCCAUUAGGGGCGUGGGUGGGUGCCGGUGCCAUAAGAUAACCAGGAAGAUUUCCGAUUCCAACCCCUGGUUAUGAGCCCAUUUUGCCCCGCAAUUUGACAGCCCACAAUUAAGAAAACCCGGGAAGAAAAGAUGAGAAAAUUACAGAGAUUGCAACCGGAAAUGCCUAUUCCCAGUUUACCGAGGGUUUCGUCUCACUAAUUCAACCAAUGAGGGAAUGUGGGUGGCGCCAGUGCCUCCACCAAUCCUCAUGGGAUAUUUUAAAUAGCAGGAGAAACAUUUCUGUGGCUUUCGACGACUUUGAACUCCUUAAGAGCACCGACAUCCACCACUAGCAGCCCAUUCUCAUUUUUACUUCAUUUUUUUUUUGAAGAAAUUUCGGUUCAGUUGGGGGUUGACCAGCACCAGUGACGUACCGAGGUCCUCAUGAAUUUUUGGGACAUUUUUUUUUCAAAAACAGUGAAUUGAUUUUUCCGGAGAUUUUCUCAAGGAAAUCAAUAAUUUUUCCCGCUUUCCAGAGACAAAAUUUCCUGACAGGAAGAAAACACAAGAGUGGGGUGAAUUGUUUAUUGUGAAUUGUUUAUUGUGAAGAGAACGAAAAAAUCGGUUAGUUCAGUGAACAUUUUCCCGAAUUUUCCAAUUGAAAGGCGAUAAAUUGUCGAUCGUUCAGACGGAAAAUCGUUCCCUGGCCAUUUCGACGUCAACACUUUGUUUUGAAAGCAAAGGAAAAACAGUGAAGUGCUCCUGAAAACUCGAAACCCACAACUUUCCGGUCAAAGUUUUGAUUGUGACGAUACCAGGAAAAUCUGAUACUCCAGUAAAUUUUCCCGAAUUUCCUACAUUUUUUUUCACUUCGUUUAGCAGAAGAAAAGUUGGAAAAAAAUUGUUUCCAAGUUUUGAAUGACACUACAGACAAGUGACAUUAUAAUCAACAAAUGAAUCUGGACAUGCGUUCAUAUUAUCGUAGGAGAGCUGGGAAAAUGAUCGUCGAUUGGGACCCUUUUUUCGGAUCUCCAAUAACAGUGGAACCAGUUAAUAAACUUCCUAAAAGUACUUUACCCCGUUCCGUCAACGUACAGUUGCGUAAUAAAGGAUUGUGGCAGCAGUUUCACCAAAGGACAACGGAGAUGAUCAUCACGAAGCUUGGAAGACGCAUGUUCCCAGCCAUCGAGGUGUCCAUCGCCGGUCUGGAGCCGCAGGUCAAGUACCACGUCUUUUUGGAAAUUGUCCCUGUCUCUCAUCGUCGAUAUAAGUACGUGGGAAAUCCAAGUAGCACGGAUGGGAAUGAAAAAUGCAAGGGGAAGAGGAAACACCAGGGAUGGACUGUUGCUGGUGUUGCUGAAGUCCAGUCACCAGCCCACAAGAGGCUCUAUGUUCAUCCAGACAGCCCAGCCACUGGUGCACACUGGAUGCAACAGCCCGUCGGCUUUUCUAAGUUAAAAUUAACGAACAGUGAUGCGGAUCAUUAUAAUAAUAUUGUCCUGACGUCGAUGCACAAAUACAUUCCGAAACUCUGGAUUGUCCAAGCAGACAGUCUAGGGAGUUUCCGCAACAUAUGGAGUCAGCCCUCAGCUUGUUUCACCUUCGACGAGACGGAGUUUAUAGCUGUAACGGCCUACCAGAACGAGAGUAUCACAAAGUUGAAAAUCGACAAUAACCCCUUUGCCAAGGGGUUCCGUGAGUCUGGUCACUACCGUUGCAAACGAAAACUCGAGGAAAACCACGACAACUCCCAGGGGGACGAUCCACGUACUCCAGAAACCCAGGAAUCCGAGAGAGGGGAGAAGGUUGAGAGGAUCGAAGUUGAAGAAUCAAAACGUGAAAAAGGCGCCUCCAAUUGUGUAGCACGUCUCUACAGACCCUGGUGUACCUCCCCACCGUUGUCCCCACCAAAAACAAUCGGUGAAAGUGCGUUUCCACUACCAGAAAUACCUCAGGUUUUUAAUUUUUCGACUUUACCUCUGAGCAGUGCUUAUUCGCCGUUUCAUUUCCAUCGAUUUCGAUUUUUCCGGGAUUGUCAGCAAAAUAAUUUCUAUAUUAAUCACGGAUUCCAUUGUUAAUGAUAGAUUAUAAAAGCAUUAUAAAAAUCUAAAUCGUCAGAGAAAUAUUCUCUGUAUUUUAUUCAAUUUUUCCAAUUUUGCAAAACUUUGAAUUAUUUUUCUGGACAAAAUAAUUUCAAAAAUUGUAAAUUAUUACGUUUUCUCAUCUGAAGAUUGAGAGAAUUAUUGUAAAAAUUAUCUACAAGUCGUCAACUUUGUUUCGUAAUUUUUUCGUUGAUAAAUUUAUUCUAUCAAUGACAAGGCGAUGACUAUAAAAUUAAUUGUUUAUAAUUCUUUGCCGAAAUACUCAAUCGGUUAACGAAAUAAAAAUAAUAAAAAUGGAAAACCAACUAUUUUUGUUCGAAAAUCGAGGACGAGAAAAAAAUCACUUCAUAUUCAUGAAUUUUUCUGUUAAAAACAAACGAAAAAUUAUUCCUUAAAGAAUAAUAGAUUUGUAAUUUGUUUGAUUAUCAUUAGGACAAUUAUGAUUCAGUGAAAGGCUAGUGAAGUAACGAGUGUUAUGCAAUUAUGUAAAAACCGGAUAACAAUCUCCAAAGGAUUGAUUAAUAAAUAUCUCCUAUUUUAUAAAUUCGCGAUG